AAAGCUUGGUUUCCCAAAAAAUAAAAUAAAAUCAUAAAGCUUGGUGGAGGGUUGCGGCACCGCACGGUUACCCUAUCCAUUUCCAAGAAAAAAGCGUUGAAAACCAAAAAGUGAAAACAGGGUAAGAAGAAGCAGCGUAGAGAUCAAAGCAAAACCAAAGAAAUGCGCUCUCAGGUGUUUUCACUCUCAGCCAACACUACCUUUCUGCGACAAACUCUUCCAGUUUUGGUUAAACCCUACAAACCCAUUCUCUCUCGAACUGUAUUGCUCCUUAGAUCCACAUCUAAUUCACAAACUCUCCUAUGCAAUAGUGCUUUUCUUAGACCCCACAAAUUAUUCACCACGCAUUCUCUUCGCAAGUUUAAUUCACGUGCCACCCAUGUCAACGAUGCUGGCUCUAUCGACUCGCCUCUUAUCCAGUCCAUGCAGAAAAAGAUAAAGGAGCAACUCAAUGCAGAAUCAGUCACUGUUAAGGAUGCUUAUGGUGAUGGUCGGCAUGUUAGCAUUGAUGUUGUAUCAGUAGCCUUUGAGGGACAAUCAGCCGUUAAUAGGCAAAGGAUGGUUUAUAAAGCUAUAUGGGAGGAGCUUCAGAGUGUAGUUCAUGCGGUUGAUCAGAUGACUACUUGCACUCCUGCUGAAGCAGCUGCCCGAAAUGAUAAAAGAUCAUGAGAAUAUUCAUUGACUGCUUAUGCAUGGGAUUGAACUAGGAGUGUUUCUGCUCUUGGUGUUUCUAAACUCAUUAAUCUGCCAACAAUACACUUGGCUAAGAGCCAAACCUUUUCCCAUUGGUGGGGUUAGCUAUGUGAAUCCUACGAUGUCAUAAUGUUUUGUCAUAAAUUAUGUUUAUGGGUAAACUAUUGACUGCUUAAUUUUCUUAAUUGUUUUGCCUGUAGUUUCCUUCGGUCUCCAUUUUUUACCUUUAGUCCUUGGACUAACCUCCAUCUGAUCUACUCUCCUUGCUAAAACUUUUACAAGUCUUUUCGUCACAUGUUCAAAUCACCUAUGGUGAGAUUUUACCAUUCUUUCUAUAUUAUGUGCUAGCUCAACUAUUUCGCUAAUUGAUUAAUUCCUUUUAAGUCCAUUGCAUAUAUGAAUUGCUUCCUUUUAUUGGCCUAUUUACAAUAACUCUGGUACACCUUCCAAAUCAAUGAAGACCAAAUGUCAAUCCUUUUUAUUUCUUUAAUUCUUUUAAGCAACAACCUAGCUUUAACUGCCACCUUGUUAUCCAUGUCAUAGAGAUUUUACAAUGUUCGCCAUUUAUUGCCUAACACAACUGUGACCAUAUAUAUUCGGGCUUAGGAUCAAUUGUGUCAACAAACUUAUGUGAUUUUAUUAACAGAUUGGGUGAUCUUUAAGUUAUUUUUAGUCUUGAUAUC